AAUGGAUGUACCAGUACAAGGUACAUGCAAAACUAAUUAUAGGCUUGUUGGGAUCUAGUUUAUAAAUAGUAGAUCUUAACUAACGAUGGCCGAAGGACCUGAUCCAGUUGUUGCUGAUCUCGAGCAAGAAGUGACCUGUGGUAUCUGUCAUGACCGCUACCAGGAGCCAAAGCUGCUCCCUUGUUGUCACUACUACUGCAAGCUUUUCAAUCAAUACACACCAGCCACAACAAUUUUCUUCAAAAACUAAAUUGACUCUAAGAUCGCUAGUUGAUGAUACAUCCCAACAAUUGCAAGCAGUGCCUGUGAGGGGUGGAGUGUACAGUGUUGAGUACACCCCUAGGAUACGUGGUCGACACCACCUCCUGAUCUCAGUAGACGACCAGCCCAUCCCAGGAAGCCCCUUCUCUGUGUUCGUCAAAAUACCCCCCACCAAGCUGGACAAACCUGUGAGGGUGAUGAGAGGAAUCAACAACCCUCGAUAUAUGGCAUUCAAUUCGUCAGAAGAACUGAUUGUAACUGACUUUGAGGGUGAUGUUUUGGUGUUUGACAAGAAAGGAAAACAAAUUCGAAGCAUCAGCAAAUCAAAGCACGGGUUUGGCGGUAUCUCUGGCGUGGCAGUAGACAAGGAGGACAACAUCUAUGUCUCUGACUGGAGCAAACACUGUGUGUACAAGUUCAACAAAAGAGGAGAUCUGCUGAAGAGGUUUGGGACGAUUGGAAAUGGUCCAAAGGAACUCAACUACCCUCGAGGGAUAGCAGUCGCUGGUGAUCAAGUGUUUGUGUGCGAUGAGAGUAAUCACAGAGUCCAAGUGUUGACGACAGAGCUGGAGCCAGUCAAGCAGAUUGGUUCAUACGGAACUGGUAAUGAGCAUUUUAACGGACCAGAGGAUGUUGCAGUGGACAAUGAACAAAUGGUGUAUGUCACUGACUAUAAUAAUCAUCGUGUUCAAGUGCUCACUAUGGAUGGUCGGUUUAUUCGCUCGAUUGGAAAGAAAGGAAAUGGACAAGGAGAACUGUCUUCCCCUUGUGGUGUGUGUGUCACUGGUUUUGUUUAUGUUGCUGACGAUGGUAACAAGCGUGUGUCAGUGUUCACUAAAGAUGGUCAGUUUGUCACAUCAUUUGGUAAUGGUCAUAUCACUUCUCCUCGUGGAGUAGCUGUGGACAGUGAUGGUUUUGUGUAUGUGUGCAGUGGCAGUUAUGGAUCUGUUGUUAUAUUUUAGUUAUUAUUUGUGUGUGUGGGCAGUAGCAAUCUGUGUUUUAUGUGUAUGUAAUAAUUUACUUUUGAUUGAGAAGCAGUUAGUUCUACUGAUGAUCUUUACCUGCCUGCUGCCUAUUUUGGGAAAGAUCAUUUGUGAUUGUGUUAUGAUGAUCUUUACCAUCUUAUUACAAGUGAAAAUGGACAAGUACCUAGCACACUCUGUAUCUGAAGCUGCAUCAGUUGCAUGGACCCAUUACAACUACAGAGAGAGCAGAGCCACUGCUUGCGAGACUCCACUAUCAAUCAGAUCUCAAUAACCUCAAUAAAAGUGACAAUCUCAAUGCAAGAUGAGGUACCCACUGAUGACCAACCAAGCUCUGAAGAUGAACCAUUUGACCUCUACACGGCCCAGUGUCCCUAGUUUGUGAGCUCAACAAACAGGUGAUGAUGUCUCAAGCAUUAGCAGCAGAAGCCACGUUCAUUGCACAGCAAGCUACAUUUGAGGUACAAGAGCAGCAUCUCCCCCCAGAGGAUGAAGCCAGAGAAAUGCAAGCCCCCCCCUGAAAAUAUUACGAUAGAAACUAUUGUAUCACAAGACACCACACGGCAGCAAAGUGAUGAAGUCAUAGCAACGCAAGACAACUCUCUGCAGUAUUUGGCCGAAUGUAUGGUUGGAAAAUUGCCGUGUGCUUGUGCUGCCGAGACAAGGUUCACAGAGGUCACUAGUAGAGCACAUCCAAUGGACACCACUAUAGACGAACCUUCACCCAAAGACCCUACAAUGGAUACGCUAUUAUUGUCCGACACAAGGAGACCAAUUGUCAACGAUGUCAUUGCAAGUACUGCAUGUGAACAGUCCUGACCGUGUCUGGAUACAGCUGGCUGAGUACCCAGAGCAUGACCUGGAGGAGCUAUCAGUUGCCAUGACCACCAGUGACCCCAAAACUAUGAGCAGAGGCGAGUUGAUGGUUGGACUGUAUUGUGCUGUGCUUGUGAGUGUUGGAGGCACUCAAGAGAGAGAAGAGGAUGGCUUCUACAGGAGAGCUAGAGUGACAGAGGUCAAUCGACCACACUACAUUGGACAGGCUAGACUGGAGCUGAUAGAUUGUGGCUCAACGAUGCACAGUGUGUCACUCCUCUACAAGCUCCCCCACGGACUGAGAGUGGGCGUGGUCCCUCCCCACGGCUAUUGACGGCCUCUACUCAACAUUCAAUCACGGAGAGGAAUGGUUCCCACUGGACAAACAGCUACUAUAGAAACACCUACGACACAAAAUGGUGUUUGCCAAGGUUACCAGGAAACCAUCCGGGCUACAAGUUGGUGUCGUUCACCUCUACUAUGAUCGUGUUGGCAAGAACAGAGUAACUAACCUGCUCCUCACUAAAGGACUAUACCUCAGCUCCACCUCUCUGCUAGCCAAGACCACACCCACACCUUAAACCACCCCCUCACAAGCAGUGACCAAUCCCCCACGAUCAUUACUAUUUUGGUUCAGUUACAUCGAUCCUAAAGAACAAAACAAUCUUAUCUUCUCACGACCCUCAAAACAGAAACUAUUUGUGCACUGAAGAGACAUCAUCAAUGUCAACUGCACCAGCUAACUUGUUCAAUGGCCUCAAAGUGUCUACUUGAGAGUGGAGGAGUUCAGUCCUCGUGCAGUGUACACUAGUGGCAAGGCCUCGACAGCAGCUGGACUCACAGCUGCCGUGGUCAAGGACGAGGAGAGUCACGAGUUUGUUAUAGAGG